GGAGCGAGUGGGUGACGGUGUUGAAGAGCUGUGUCGGGGUGUCCCACGCACGCACCAGUCUGGACAUGACCUUUAACCCCUGCGUGAGCUACGAGAUGAAGGGUUACCUGGAGCUGCGCGGCCUGCGCUCCAAACUCUACACGGUGGUGUGUGCGGAUAAAGUCUUCCUCUACAAAAACACCGAGGAUUAUCGUCUGGGAAUCGGCAUCACCUCGAUCGAUAUGAAUGUUGGUAAUGUGAAGGAAGUGGAUCGGAGAGCGUUUGAUCUGACCACAGCGUACCGCAUAUUCAGUUUUGUAGCGGAUACGGACCAGCUGAAGGAUCAGUGGGUGGAGGCCAUGCGCAACUCUGUCGCAGAGGCUUUGUCCAAUUACGAAGUGGCUGAGCGCAUCUGGACGGAGCCGUCCAAUCAGAUGUGUGCCGACUGCAGCGCUGCCAAACCUGAGUGGGCCGCCAUCAACCUGGCCGUGGUUUUCUGCAAGCGAUGCGCAGGUAACGACCAAUCAUGAGGAAAGCUGCUUUACAAGCU